GCACUGAGAACGCUACAAGAAAUGAAAGGCUACACCUUCGGUAGCAGCCAAAAAAAAGUUUAGUAAAUUCCAAUGCUCAUCUUGUCUCAUAUGCUCUUCGUUACGAGCAGAUUGUACACAUAUUUCUUGUAAUAGUUCAAGUUCACUGUUAGUAGAUAUUGUCCCUUUUAGUCCGCUACAUAUCGACGAAGACAAAAGCUAUUAACAAUGGACUUAGACUGUUACAUUUCUUGUCCGUUGCUGCUUUUCCAAACACCAAAAGCAAUAGUUUAGAAUCUCUUUAAAACCUUUUUCAAUAUAAACAAAAUAUAAACAAACUGACUUCAAGUUAAACAACAAAGUUCUCAAGGAAAGAAAACAAAUCAAACAUUUGAACUUCCCAGAACACUCAAAUCUCAUCGAUAAGUACAACUGCAAAUGGACAGGUUUAGCAUUCUUAGUACCUCUUCCGAUCAAGCUGGAUUGGAAACAAUGUCAAACAACCAACCUUGUUUCAUAGCUCGAAUAUCCCUUUUUCAAUAGAAAAAAAAUGGUGAUCCAUUCCCUUGUUUAUAUCUUUUAUAUCAAUAUAAAAAUGCUGAUUGAAUAGCUGUAAUAUGAACUCAAAACAAACUUAGUUUCGAUCUUAUCGACAUCCUUUAAUACAAACCUGUUGCCACUGAACAUUUGCUCUAAGUUGAACUUUUGUUUAAGCAUGGAGUUUUCUUUGUUCUUCAUUGCAGCCAUUCUGUUCUUUGGUUCUGUUGUAGCUCAAGUUGAUACUCUUCUUGGCUUUAAUGGAGAUGAGAGAGAUGCUCUUUAUGCAUUGAAGGCAACUUUCAAUGACUCUUUCCUUAACAGAAACUGGAGUGGAACUCACUGCCACAACAAUCAGCCUCCGCUUUGGUAUGGCCUUCGAUGUGUCGAUGGCCGAGUAACGAUGCUGUCGUUGGAUAGCUUGGGAUUGGUGGGGAAUAUGAACGUCGAUGCUUUAAGGAAGUUCACUGAAUUGUCUACAUUAAGCUUGAAGAACAAUUCCUUAUCAGGGAAUGUAUUCAAUUUCUCUUCCAACAAGAAGCUGAAGGCUAUAGAUCUAUCAUUCAACGUGUUUGAUGGGUGGAUUCCAAAUUCCCUUGUGAGCCUAAAUUCAUUGCAGUCAUUGCAGCUUCAGAACAACAGACUUAUAGGUUCCAUAUCUGAACUCAACCAGUCUUCCUUAUCAGUAUUCAAUGUCUCAAACAACAAUCUCAAUGGUUCUAUUCCAAAAACAAAGGCUCUUCAGUCGUUCGGCUCGAGCUCCUAUAGCGGUAAUCCAGGACUCUGCGGUCGACCCUCUGAUGUUGUCUGCAACUCAAUCAUAAAAGAGUCAGAUAAGAUAGCAGCAGCACCUCCUGAUACUAGUAAAGCCACUGAAGCGAAUUCUUUUUCUAAGCAUCUUGUCACUUUGUUGCUAAUUCUUGUUAUUGUACUCUUUUUUGUUGCUACUCUAUUGCUGCUGCUUCUCUACUUCAAGAAACAUCGAGAGCUAAAAGAGCUUAUGAAGCAAAUAGGAUUGAAUGAAACAAAAGAGAAGAGAAAUGAAAACUUGACAGACAUCUCAGUUCAGAACCAAGGACCUGCAGCAGAUGAAGGAGGAAAGCUCAUCUUCAUGGAGGAGAGUGAAAAUUUCCUCCUUGAAGAUCUUCUUAAAGCUUCUGCUGAGGGACUUGGUAAGGGGAUAUUUGGGAAUAGUUAUAAGGCUAUGCUUGAAGGCAGGUCGCCUAUCGUCGUGAAAAGGCUUAGAGAUCUGAAACCGUUGAGCGUCGAUGAAUUCAUGAAGCAAGUACAAGUUAUUGCCAAGCAAAGGCAUCCAAAUCUGCUUCCACUUGUUGCCUAUUUCUACACCAAAGAAGAGAAGCUUUUGCUCUACAAGUAUGCAGAAAAGGGGAACUUGUUUGAUAGAAUCCAUGGAGGCAGAGGUGUGGGCAGAGUUCCAUUCAGGUGGCGUUCAAGAUUGGUUGUUGCUCAAGGAGUGGCAAGGGCUUUGGAAUAUCUCCAUCUAAAUACCAAGCCAAAUAGCAUUAUCCCACAUGGAAACUUGAAAUCUGUAAAUGUCUUACUUGGUGAGAAUGAUGAGGUUCUUGUUUCAGAUUAUGGUUUUGCUUCUCUUGUAGCCCUUCCCAUUGCAGCUCAACGCCUAGCCUCAUAUACAUCACCUGAAUAUCAACAAAUAAAGAGAGUGUCAAGAAAGUCAGAUGUUUGGAGCUUUGGCUGCCUUCUUAUUGAACUUUUGUCAGGAAAAAUCUCAUCUCACUCAGCACCAGAGGGUUCCCACGGCAUUGAUUUAUGCGCUUGGGUGAACCGAGCAGUAAGAGAAGAAUGGACCGCAGAGAUAUUCGACUCUGAAAUAGCUUCACAAAGAUCUGCUAUUCCAGGAAUGUUGAAUAUGUUACAGAUUGCAAUACGUUGUUGCAAUACUUCACCUGAUAAACGACCAGAGAUGACUGAAGUUGUGAGAGAGGUUGAAAGUAUCAGGCUAACAGAAAAUGGAGAAGAGUAUAGCUCAUCCUUUGAUCAAUCAUUAACAGAUGAUUCAAUGUCAGGCAUUGCAUUGGAUGAGAGAUGAAAGAUGCACCAUUUCAAGCCAAAUUAUGAAUAAUACUUUACUAUUAUUCAGACUUUUCUUAUGGCAUUGAAAUCCAUUGAUCUCAUUUGAUAGGUAGAGUAGAUAAGGAUACAAGGUUCUUACCAGAAUCUUCACUCACAGAAGAAGAACACAAACCAAUUGAAAUGAAUCAUAAUAAUUAAAAUCUGUAUCAUAUGGUACUUUACAAUUGUCAGAAUGGGUUGUGGGGUCAACAUAAAUUUCUUCUAUCUUAUACUAAACUUGCU